AUGCCUGCGGCGGCGUCCGACGAGGCGUCCACGUCGGUGGCCUCGACGACAUCGGCGGCGGGCUCCACCUCGCCGUGCUCGUCGUCGUCCUCGGCGCGCGGCAAUAAGGACGACGACCACGCUGGCAACGACUCCAACUCCAUCGUCGCGGUGGGCAAGAACCCGUCGGCGCUGUCCGAGUCCGGGCUGUCCUCGGCCAUCGCGUCGCGCCGGUUCUUCCUCUCCUCCCCGGGCCGCUCCAACUCCAUCGUCGACUCGUCGGCGCACGGCGCCGCCGCCGCCGCCGCCCUGGGCGUAGGCGUGGGCGCGGCCGGGGUGGCGGUGCCCACGUACUCGCCGGACCCUCACGCCGACUUCCUCCGGUCCAUGGAGGAGAUGGCCGCGGCGCUGCGCCUGGACGCGCGCCGCCGCGGCGACAGGGCCCGCCUCCACGAGCUGCUGCUGUGCUACCUCGCGCUCAACGACAGGCGCGCGCACAAGUACGUCGUCAGCGCGUUCACUGACCUCCUGCUCCACCUCACCGCCGCCGCCAACCUCGACGACGACCACCAUGAUUAG